GUUGGGGCUUGAAUUUUGGGCAUAAGACGCUAAUGCACACAUCAAGGGCGUCGUCACUCUCCGGUUUGUUGCUUCCCCGCCGUUCAACUCUCUGCUAAAGCUUGCUAUCCUCGGAGCCGCUGACCGGCGGCGACACAGACUCAUCUGUUCAGCACCAUAAAAUUUUGAGAUGGUUUUCUUUCAAGGUGCAAAACGUCCAUUUGAGAUUCUUUGCAGGAGGCUGAGUAGUCCAACAUAUUGUGGACACAGUUUUUCUAGUUGGGCAGCCCGAGGAAUUUCAAUUGCUGAAGUUCGAGAAAUUAGAGACUCAUCUGCUUCUAACUAUGCCAAACCACAUCAUGCUAUUAGAAUGUUUCUGAGAAGAUAUACAGUUGAAGUUCCUCCUUCAGAACAGAUGAGUCUUAUAAAGCAGUUGAGGGAGAGAACUAGUGCUCCUAUAAAAGAAGUGAAAUCUGCCCUUAUUGAUUGCAGUUGGGACAUUGACGCUGCACAGAAGGACCUGCGGAAAAGAGGGAUGGUUCUUGCAUCUAAAAAGUCGUCUCGAACUGCAGCUGAGGGUUUACUUGCAUUAGCACAGACUGAGAGCAAGGCUGCAGUCAUUGAACUUAAUUGCGAAACAGACUUUGUAGCAAGAAAUGAAAUAUUUCAGUACCUGGCAAUAUCUUUAGCAAAGUUAGCUUUGGUGGCUGAAAAUUCUUCUCAUCAGGGCCCUUGGGCCUUCUCUGUUGGACCUGAAUAUUUGGAGGAACUGAAGAUUAAUCUUGACCAUCCUAGAUUAAGUGGAGAAAAAACUGUUCAAAAUGCAAUCACAGAAGUGGCUGCAAUGAUGGGAGAGAAUGUCAAACUUAGAAGGGGUUUUGGCUUUUCUGCCUCUUCAGAUGGCAUCAUUUCUACAUAUCUCCAUUCUAGUCCUCAACCAGGUUUGGGGCGUAUUGCAGGAAUUUUGUCUCUGGAAGUUGAGAAUGGGAAUACUUCUCUGGAUUCUCUUCAGCGUGUUGGAUCAGAACUAGCAAUGCAUGUAGUGGCAGCAAAGCCAUUGUUUUUGGAAAAGGAGCUUGUGUCUUCUGAUGCAUUGGCAAAUGAACGUGAAAUUCUAAAGUCUCAGGCUGAAAGUACAGGGAAGUCUCAGAUGGCUAUAGAGAAAAUGGUUGAAGGACGAUUGCGAAAAUAUUUUGAGGAAGUAGUUCUCAUGGAGCAAAAGUUUGUUGUAAAUGAUGCUGUAAUUGUGAAGACAGUAUUGAAUAAUUUAUCAAAGGAAGUGGGUUCACCUGUUAAGAUUGGGAACUUUUGCAGGCUAGAAGUUGGAGAAGGAAUUCAGAGGCCUCAAACAUCUAACGAAUCUGAACCUGUGGCUCAAGUUGCUUAAUUUGGCUGAUUGCUCCAAGAUCCCAGGAAAAUUCCAGGAAGAGAAUUCCGUGGAUGCAACUCCAGAAUUUAGGGUCUUUUGUGCAUUUACUUUCUUUAUAGGCUGUUGAAUUUAACAUAUCCACAGUAGAUCCUGUAACAUUUGCUGAAAGAUUUUGAUUUCAUCUUUUGGUGUUUGACAGCA